AAAAUGACUCCUGGCGUGUGACGUACAGCGCGAUGUCCGCCCGGCGCACCAACGUCACAGUCACGUGACAACGUUUGAAAUUAAACCUCGAAUCUCGCGGCCGUAGCGGACAACGACAUUCCUGUCACUCGAUCAUAUCGCGCAGGACUCAUGGCUUUAGGGGUUGAAAGAGCAAAAUGUGAGUUAUCACUGAAUAACAGCAGCAGCAGCACUCAGUUUCCUCAGAAGAAGAUGGAGGAGGAUCUGUCAGCCCCUCAGUGCAGUAACCCGGUGCAGAGUUUGGGGUCUCAGAGAGGUCAUGAGGAUGAAGUGGUGCUCCAGCAGGACUCUCAUCUUCAGAUCAUGUACUGUAAAGAUCUGGUGUAUCGGGAUGAUCACGAGUUUUCUUUUGAGGAGCUCAGAGCUCAGCGCUACUACAAAGCUUUGAGCGAGAAAGCUUCUCACCUGAACAAACUGAAACAGGAUCUACAGCUUCAGAUCCAGCAGAAACUUCUAGAGCAGAAGAAGACCACCGCUUCACAGCUGAUUGUUGGUGAGGAGACGGUUUCUGAUGGCACGUGUGAAUCGACCUCCACUGGAGUUCUAUCUGCUCCGGUUCAAAUACACAGCAAAGCAGAACCAGACUGGAAGAGUGACAGUGUCAGUUCAAUGGGUUGGGAAAACAUGACUGACGGUGGAAACGACUCCAAACUACAGAAGAUGACGACAUCCAAACCCUUCACGGUUUUUGAUGAGAAUCCUCAGUCGAGCAAAAAACCUUCUUCAUCCAGCCGCUGGUCUUUAAAGUUGCCCACCCUGAAUCUGAAAGCUCCCAGACCAAAAGCAGAGCUCUCCGCUGACAGAGAAGUGUCUAUCGCUCGCUCCGAGGAGCCCAUCCUAAACGGACACUGGAACAAGACUCUGUGCCGCAGUCCAAACGACACUUGUGACUUCGCUCGUGCGACUCAGCUCGCAUCCACACCGUUCGCGGGAGCAGAGAGACAGAAAGUGAGGGAGGAUCUGAACACCGCUGCUCCAGAAGCAUCUCAGACACAGAACACUGAGACCAGGAAGCUCAGCCCUAUUCAGGAGAUCAGUCAUGAUUUGGGAGGAACUUCAUUGGUCACCGUCACUCAUGAGAGCAUGAAACCCUCAGAGGGCGCUGACAUCAUCCAAGAGGAAGAGGAGCAGGAGGAGGAGGAGAUACCCGAAACUGUUGGAACACCAGACGUCUGCAGUGAGGUCGUGAGGUCCAGACUGCUUCAACAUGUGGACAUGCCGUCAUUUUCCAAUUUCCACCGUCGAACAGGAGCUCUGCCUCAGGCCAGCGGACAUGAUGACCUUCUCCUCGAUGGAGAAAUGUUGCUUUACUGCAGUAAACUAAAGCAUUACACGCUCUACUCAUCCAGCACUGGAACUGUUCUGAUGAAGGUGGAGUCGACUUCAGUGCCGUGGGAUUUCUUCAUCAGCUCAAAGAUCAGAUCUUCACACUCCACACAUCAUGAUGAUGAUGAUGAUGAUGAUGAUGUGCAUGUCUCCUGCUAUCUUUAUGAUAACGGAUGCUUGACUCUGUGGAGAGUUCCUCAUGGAGUCACCGUCGAGGAUCUGUUAGCUGAGCCGGUUGCGAGCGCAGAUCUUCCUCAUCUGGUGAUUCGAUUGCUGGAGAUGGUGAAACAGCUUCAUUCCUGUCAGAUCGUUCAUGGAGGUCUGAAGCCUGAAACGCUGUACUUUUACUACAGUGACAUGACGGCUCUGGAUUUCUCAGCGUCGGUGGAUCUUGAGAUGCAGAGCGAUGUGAGAACAGUGCAGGUUUUAUCUUCCUCACAGGAUUAUAUAACACGAGGUCUCCUGACUCCCUCUGCAUCACCGUAUCAGGUGGAUCUGAUGGGUGUUGCAGAAAUCACGCACAUGUUAGUGUUGAAUGGACCGCUGACGGUGUCGCGUGGAAACUCGGGCUGGAGUUUAGAUGAACAUCACAGCAGUUCUGUAGAUCCUGUCUGGAAGGACUUCUUCAAGAUGAUUCUGAAUCCAGGAGAGCUGUCGACAGAACUCAUCUUAUCCACUUUAAUCAAUAACCUGAAGGAGAGUUUAUAAAAGACAUGUGGACAUCUUUAUUCUCAAUACUCCAUCAAACCAAACUACACUUUCAUUCUAAAUGUAUAUUGUGUAUGUCUUUGUCUAUUUUAUAUGUUGUUUAUACUCAUUAAUAAACUAUUUUGACUGCU